ACGCUGGAUCCGCUGCUCAGCCUGCCGCCAGACCGCCCCGGGGACAGACAAAGAGACCUCGGCCACAACGCAGCCCCGCGCGGCCGCCCGGGCUCCCCGCGAAAGCUCCCAGCGCGAUGGCCGGGUCACCGCGCCACUCCGCCAUCCAGAGCGCUACCCGCUCCAUCUGAGCGCCCUCCGGCGCCCCCAUCCUCUCCCGGUGCUGGGCUCGCCCUUGGCUCCCAGCCUUCUCUACAGACCGGUUCUGCCUGUCCUUCUGUCCUGGCGCGCCACCUCCGGCCACCGGUUUGGAUGGACGCGCGGAGGGUGCCCGGGUGUCCAGGGGUCUUGCUUCCGAAGUUGGUCCUACUCUUCGUCUGCGCAGAGGAUUGCCUUGCUCAGUGUGGCAAAGACUGCAAAUCUUACUGCUGUGAUGGAACCACACCUUACUGUUGCUCCUACUAUGCCUAUAUUGGGAAUAUUCUUUCGGGCACAGCAAUUGCUGGCAUAGUAUUUGGAAUCGUGUUCAUCAUGGGGGUCAUUGCUGGAAUUGCCAUAUGUAUCUGCAUGUGCAUGAAAAACAACCGUGGGACCCGGGUGGGUGUCAUCAGGACCACCCACAUCAAUGCCAUCUCCUCUUACCCUGUGGCACCACCCCCCUAUAAUUAUGACCAUGAGAUGGAAUACUGUGCAGACUUGCCUCCUCCAUACUCCCCAACCCCAGCCCAGCGUUCUCCACCCCCUCCGUACCCUGGAAAUUCGAGGAAGUAAUCCUUCUCCUGGAACAGAGUAUGUGCCAAUCAGCAAUCUUGCCUAGAAUAAAAUGCCUCUACUCAGAAACAGACAGGAAAAGAUUGCCCUAAGGAACACCCUUUGGGGUUGGACAAUAUGUCAAGUGGAAUGUCCAGGCUAAGAGAAAAGACACAGGAUUUCUGCCCUACUCAGAGCUGAUCCCAUCUGGGGUAUUAUUUUGGAUUCAUGGGAACCACAUUUGAAGAGGUCUACUGAUCAACAGAAGCACACUCAGAAAAGAGCGGUUCAGUUCAUUCAGUUCAGUCGCUCAGUCUGAACGAAUGUCUAACUGACACAAAGUGUCUGACUCUUUGAGAUCCCAUGAACCUCAGCACGCCAGGCCUCCCUGUCCAUCAUCAACUCCCGGAGUCCAUCCAAACUCAUGUCAUUGAGUCGGUGAUGCCAUCCAACUAUCUCAUCCUCUGUCAUCCCCUUCUCCUCCUGCCCUCAAUCUUUCCCAGCAUCAGGGUCUUUUCAAAUGAGUCAGCUCUUCUCAUCAGAAAAAAGUAACGUGUAGACAAAACAUCAGAAAUUCGUGUCACUUAAGGAACAGAUGAAGGAAAUUGCAGUGUUCACCCUGGAAAAGAGAAGAUUUAUGUGAGAUACGAGGCUAUCCUGGACUCCAUAAGGAAACGACUGUCUUCUGUAGCUUUACGAGUCAGAACUAUAACUCUUCAGUCUUUUUGUUCAUCCACAAAUGCAGAUCAAGUGCCUGAAAGCCUACUCUGUGCCUUACACUGUUGGCAACACUGGAUGGAAGUUGCAGGAAGAGAACUCAGGUUUCAGAGUAAGAAAGGGCAGUUGGGGUUUUCUUAUUGACUAGAUUGCUUUCUGAAGCUCCCUGUCUCCAAGACUCCCGACAGACCCUGGCUGACUACCCAGUAGAGACAUGCUCGAGAAGGAAGAGCUAAGUCAAAUGGUAGAUGGGUUCAGUGGGGCCCCAAAGCUCCGCUCAUGUUUUAGAUAGAAGUGAGGUGAAUUUCUACAUCACCAAGAAUGAAAACAACAGGGGUAGUUGAAUCUAUAUAAUUUGAGACUUGAAACAUAAUCCAAAGGACUCAACAGCCACUUAAAGCCAAGAACUCUUCACUGCUAGCUAUUGCCACCUAAAAAUCAUCUGACUUUAUGUAGUAUGUGAUCAUAAUGGUAAUUCCAACUCUGAAAAAAAAUUUGUAUCAAGUUCCACAAGCAACAAAUACUUCACUUCAGAUUAAAAGAUGAGAAGCCAGAAUCCCAUGGGAUUUUAUAUCAGGGAGUGAAAUUUAGAACUUGACCAGGAAGCUAUAUAGCAGUUUACAAAAAGAAGAGGGGAAAAUGAAGCUUGAAUUCUAUUUUGUGUAACUCCACUCACAUGCAACUUGGACACAUUUCUAUGUCUCUCAUAAUGUUUUAAUAAUCUAGUCUCUUGAAAAGUUAUACAGUUAACGGAAAAGUAAGAUAUUGAUGUCAAACUGUUGCCUUUUGCCAAAACCCAAAUUUUAUAAAGUGCCUACCUUUAGGUGUAAAAGUUUGUAAUAAAUAAUUCUAAGAUGCCAUAUUCAUUGCUGCAGAUGAUCUUAACAUUUCUAUUGUAAUGUAUUUAAAGUUGUACAUUGAGAAAAUAUUGAGAAUAAUGAAAUUUGUGUGUCACUUUGCAAUUAAAUCUAAAAUGUUUAAGCCAACAUUAUCAGCAUAAUUUAGUGAAAUCCCAAAAUGAUGUUAAGAGUUUUGCUGAAUAAAUCAAAAGAAAUGUCUUAAAGUAAAAAUCAUAGUUAGGAAACUCAGUAACUCAUAUAACUAGCAUAUUUUGCUUUCAAAGACAUUGACUGAACUGAAAUACAGUCUAACUGCCAGUGAGAUCUGAAAGCUAGAUUUGUUUUGAAUGACUAGCUUGAUUUUCAGGCACUGUGACUUUCUUGCUUAUGAAGAUAGAAACCAUUCAAGCAUUCCAGCCUCUCCUACCUAGUAACUGAGAUUUUAGCACAGUUUUAACAGUACAUAUGCUUUAAUUUCUCUGUCUUCUGCAAGUGUGAUCAGACCCAAUUACACAGUAGCUACACAAUUCAAAGUGCAGAGCCUCUGGGACACUCAGAGUGAUAUUUCCCAAUGCACCAUAUAUUCCUUAAGAAAAAAAUGGAGAGGGCAAGUACAGCAGUAAUUGAAUUCUCAUCAUCUUUGCUGUCAAUAAAUGUUUACUGCAUACCACCUAUGUUCUGCCAACAUUACUCGCAUAGGAGCUAUUAAAAUCCACACCAUCUCUCUUCUCUGAGUUGUUUUAAGGCCUCCCUUAAGGCAUAUCACAAACCCAUAGACCUCCAAUAGAUGAGCAUUUUUACUAUUUGUAUUUAGGGUCACAAUAGCGUAAAUGUGCACGAUGUCAGUAUAGACUUUUUGAGUUCACUGAUUAUUUUCAUAGAUGACACAUCUUGGGGGGAAAUAGCAUAUGAUGUGAAAGCUUUGAAUUACAGUUAUUUAAAAACUAAUGUAUUUGCUGUGGCCAAAGUGUUUACAAUAAGCAAUAAAAUGAAAUAA